GAGCCGCCUAGGCGGGCACCGGACUCGGGCCGCUCCGCAGGAGGUGUGGACAGUCUACUGGCUACUGCUGCAUCCUGGAGUGAUGGCCUUGUGGAGGGCCUGGGCACAGCUUCCUCUCUGUACUGCCAGCCUUGGAAUUGUGCUCAUGCAUUAUGUUCUCCCUGCAGAAGGCCUUGCGCAGAAGCACGGCCCAGAUAUCAUUGAUGACGACAACAAGGACAACAUCACCAUCUUCACACGCAUCCUGGAUCGGCUGCUGGAUGGCUAUGAUAACCGGCUGCGGCCCGGCCUGGGAGAUACUGUGACAGAAGUCAAGACAAACAUUUAUGUGACAAGCUUCGGUCCUGUUUCAGACACAGACAUGGAGUACACCAUUGAUGUGUUUUUCCGGCAGUCCUGGAGAGAUGAGAGGCUUAAGUUUGAUGGUCCAAUGAAGAUACUCCCGCUGAACAACCUGUUGGCCAGCAAGAUUUGGACCCCAGACACCUUCUUCCACAAUGGCAAGAAAUCAGUAGCGCACAACAUGACCACGCCCAACAAACUGCUCCGGCUAGUAGACAACGGCACCCUCCUCUACACCAUGAGACUGACCAUCCAUGCCGAGUGCCCCAUGCACCUGGAGGAUUUCCCGAUGGAUGUGCAUGCCUGUCCACUGAAGUUUGGGAGCUAUGCCUACACCAAGACAGAGGUGAUCUACACCUGGACUCUGGGAAAGGUGGAGGUGGCUGAAGGAGGGUCCCGCCUCAAUCAGUAUGACCUCCUUGGUCACAACGUUGGGAGAGACUCCAUUGAGUCUAGCACAGGAACUUACAUUGUGAUGACCACUUACUUCCACCUCAAGCGCAAGAUUGGGUACUUUGUCAUCCAGACCUACUUGCCCUGCAUCAUGACCGUCAUUCUGUCCCAGGUUUCCUUCUGGCUCAACAGGGAGAGCGUCCCAGCACGGACAGUGUUCGGGGUCACCACUGUGCUUACUAUGACCACUCUGAGCAUCAGCGCAAGAAACUCACUGCCCAAAGUGGCAUAUGCGACGGCCAUGGAUUGGUUCAUAGCCGUCUGUUAUGCCUUUGUGUUUUCUGCGCUGAUUGAGUUUGCCGCAGUUAACUACUUCACAAAGCGCAGCUGGGCCUGGGAUGGCAAGAAGGUGCUGGAGGCCCAAGAAAUGAAGAAAAAGGAGCCCAUCACGCUGGCCAAGAAGACGAACAACACAUACAACAUUGUGGGCACCACCUAUGCGCUCAACAUCGCCCCCAAAGAGCCUGCCCUCCCCACCAUUGCCAAGAGCGCGGCCAGCACCGCGGCCGUGCCUGCCACAGUCAUUGUCCCCCCAAAGGUGCCCCGGUUGGAAGAGAAGCCUCCCCCCGAGAAUAAAAAGACGUACAACAGUGUCAGCAAAGUGGACAAACUGUCCCGCAUCGUCUUUCCCAUCUUGUUCGCCAUCUUCAACAUGGUGUACUGGGCCACGUACGUCAACCGGGAGUCGGCCAUCAAGGGCAUGAUCCCCAAGGAGUGA